AUGGAUUUAAAUGACUUUGUCAACCUAGAAAGUCUUUACUUAUGCGGAGAAAAAAUUACUGAUCUAAAAAUUGACCAUUGCCGGCAAUUAGAACGAUUAAACAUCCCUCAACAGAAGAACUUAACCUCACUAGAUAUUAGUAAUAAUUUAAAAUUAGUCUAUUUAAAUUUUUAUGGCAAUUUUUUUCCUAUUCAGCAAUUAAUAGGGAAAAUCCAAGCCAAAGAACGAGAAUUAGCUAAUGUUAAUCUCACUGCUCUUACUCUACUAAAUGAAACGGCCAAAGAGGAAGAGAAAAGAAAAAACCAACUUCAAAAAGAGCAAUUAGAAAAAGAAAUCCAAGAACUAAUUUCUUUAAAAACCCGUUUAGAAACCGAGAAUGAUAACUUAAAAAAAACUAUCGGUGAUUUAAAAAAUGAACUAAUAUCCGAAAAAAGAAAAGUUGAUAGACUUAAUUCUGAUUAUCAAAAAUUAUUUUUAGCCGUGGAAGAACUAACCAAGCAGGCCGAAGCUAGUAGUCCUUAUCCCGAAAAUCAGACCGUCCAAGAUAAAAUUAAGUUUUUUAAUAAAUGGUUAAAGUCUAGUCAAGCCGAAAAAGAGAAAUUAUUGGAAAAUAUUAAAAAAGAACAGCGCGAAAGCCAGCAAAUUCGCACUUCUUUCCAAGAAUUAGAAGAACAGUUAAAAAAUAGUGGACAAAGUGAUGCCCAAAAAGUCCAAGAACUAAAAAAAUUACGGGAUGAAAUCAAGAAAUUAGAAGGUAAAUUAGCCACUAGCCAAAAACAGGUUCAACAAUUACAAACGGAAAAUAAAACUAAACAGGAGGAAAUAGAACAAACUAAAAAAGAUUUAGGAAUUAGCCAAAGCCAAUUAGCCGCCGAAACCGCCAAAAACCAAGCCUGA